GCGAGAGCAACAUAAGGGAGCAGCCAUAGCCUAUAAAAUAAAAAGUAGCGUACAUUCACUGCUGAAAAAGCAGGAAAAGCUUAAAAGUAAUUAACAAUUUGAGUAAAAUGACAGUGUUUCUGAAAGUUUAAUAUUUAUUUCAAAGUUAUCACCAAAGAGGAAAAAAAAAUCACUCACCGACCUACUUUUUUUAAUAAUGUCUGUCUGUUAAUACAUAACUUCAAACUCUCAGCUGACAGGUUUGGUUUUAACUGACCUUUAAAACACUCAUUUGGUUUUAAAUUACCCCUGAAACAUGCAAACGAGUUAAUGCCAAAAUUGCAACACUGUGUCAGGCAAGAGUCACUUUGAAUCCUCCCAUCAACAUGAGAGCUACCUCAGGAGUGACUUUUAUUCUUUGUGGAUUACUUGUUUGUGCAUCCAAAGCAGCUGCCCAGUCAUGCAGAGGACAGUGUGGAGACAUUAUGGAGGACUGCUCCUGCCACACAACUUGUGGGUCAUUGCUGACCUGCUGUGCAGACUACAACCAGUCCUGUUUGCAGGUGUCACCUCACUCCAGCUCCAUGCUGGGUGGAAGAGCCCUCAGGAUACUCAAUUUGGUCCUUAAUCCUGCAGGGCAGCUUCUCUGCAGGUUUAAAGGAGAGAUCAACAAAGAAGGCUUUAUAGAUGCUGAAGGCCGUGCCUACUGUAUCUCUCCUCUGUUGUUUGAGACGGGUUGGAUUCCAUUUAAUGUCUCAACUGAUGGAUUACAUUUUGACAGAUCUGGAGAGUACUUGUCAGUGCACCCCAGUAAAGCAGACCCUGCCUAUCAAGUCACCCUGAUGAAUGCAACACAGUGGCAGAACUACGGCACCUCAAACACAUCCGGACGGCUUCAGAUGACGUGGAACAGCUGUUUGAUUGCAGCAGAGAAGGUGAACAUAGAGCUGUGGGGUUACAGGGAGUCCAGGAGGAGCACAGGGGCAGGAGCGGAGUCUCUGCAGGCCGAGCUGAGGUAUCUGUACUCUCUGGGCGGGGAUCAGCCAAACACGGGCGCCUUCAGCUUCAUCCCCGAGCCCUCGCAGGACUACUCUGAGUGGGAGCUGGGGAACAUCCGCAUCACUGGUGGUUCUAAGUCAGAUGGUGAGAGAGACGUGCCGUGCCUCUGGAGUGGAGGUCAUGUGAUCGCCUGGCACCUGGAUCAAGCCUUCAGGGACGACUCUGCAGCCUGGGCAGAGAACAAGUGUCUGCAGUGGGACGAGGUGGAGAAGACGCUGCCCAACUUCCUGGAUGAACUCAUCCCUUGUCCGUGUACUCUGGCUCAGGCCCGAGCGGACACGGGCCGAUUCCAUACUGACUACAGCUGUGACAUUGAGAGAGGCAGUGUGUGCACUUAUCACCCCGGGUGUGUCCACUGUGUCCGAGCCGUUCAGGCCAGUCCUACACAUGGCUCGGGUCAGCAGUGCUGCUAUGACAGCACAGGCGCUCUGGUUUUGACAGGAGACUCGACCGGCGGCAGCACUCCAGACAGGGCGCACGACUGGGGCUCCCCUCCUUACAGGGCGCCACCACGGGUGCCGGGGUACUCUCACUGGCUUUAUGAUGUCAUGAGUUUCUACUAUUGCUGCCUGUGGUCCCACCACUGCCACAUCUACCUCAACCAUCGACCUUCCAGUGGAUGUCGCAACUACCAGCCCCCGAGAGCCGGUGUCGUCCUCGGGGAUCCACAUUUUAUAACGUUUGACGGCCUCAGCUACACUUUCAACGGUAAAGGAGAGUUCCACCUCGCGUCUUCGACAGACAGAGAGCUGAGCGUUCAGGCCAGGACAGAGCCGGUGAAACUCAAGAACGGUACCUUGGCCACGGCCACACGGCUGUCAUCAGUGGUUAUGAAGGAGAAAGCGUCUGAUGUCAUUGAGGUGCGUCAAGCAGAGGGCAACCUUCAGGUGCUGAGGAACCAAAAAGUCCUUCAUUUCACGGAGCAAAGAUGGAUGGACCUGCACGGAGUGUUUGUGUUCGCUCCCUGCCUGCAGAACGUGACAGUAAUCUUCCACUCUGGUGCUGCUGUGGAGGUUCGUGUGCAGGAAGGAACCAUGGCGGCGACGGUCCUCCUUCCAACAGAGUUUACAAACCAAACCAUGGGUCUCUUGGGUCUGAUGAACUCUGACCCAUCAGAUGACCUGUUGACCCAUGUGGGAGAGGUCAUCCCCCCAGCUGAUGUCACAGCAGAGGACAUCUUUACCUUUGGAGCUGGCUGGAACAUCUCAAAGACAUCCUCUCUUUUCACCUAUGACUCGGAGUAUCUUUUGGAUACCUACUAUUUCCCACCGAGCCACGAUCCUGCUUUUGUUCCUGCCUUUUCUCUUCCCGAGAGACCCGAUGACCCUCUGGUGGCGGAUAUGUUGAGGAUGUGCUCUGGAGAAGGAGCAGAGUUCUGUAAAUAUGACACCCUGACUACUCGGAGCCUUGAAAUGGGAAAUGCCACACUCAGGGCCUACCGGAGUCACCGAGCUCUGAUGGAAGACCUGGAGCCGGUGUCGUCUUGUGGCCGGCUCCCUACACCCAGGAACGGGAAGAAAAAUGGGACACAUUACCUUGAGGGGGACACUCUAAGUUUCACCUGUAGCAAAGGUUACAUACUGUACAGGUCAACGGAGCGUACCUGUCUGCAGGAUGGGACCUGGACGGGAGAGCAACCACAAUGUGUAACAGAUGACAACGUGGGGUUUGUUCUCGGCGCCAUUGGUUCCCUCACUGCACUGGUAACCAUGGGAUUGAUGGUCAAACUGCACAACAGGAAGCAGGAAAGGGAGAGAAAACAGAAGCUGGAUCAGAAGGCAGCCCAAGAGCAGACUUGCUAAGUCUUCUCAGAUGAUGGAUCACUCCAACCUCACAUCUUAGUUUCCAGUUAUGUAAAAGAGCGCUAAAAAAUCAAACACAGCAUUUGAAAAUCACACACAGACAUCAGAAUCAGAAUCAGAAUCAGAAAUACUUUAUUUAUCCCAGGGGGAAAUUCAGUCAUUACAGUUGCUCCUAUACACAAUAAGUAAGAAUAUCAAAUAAUAUUAAAAGAGGAAAUUAAUUAAUAAGAUAUAAAUACAAAAACAAUGAAAAGAAUGAUAAUAAAAGUAUGUACAGAAGACAAAAUAAGCUAGGGCACUCUGGUGGUCUGUCUGGAGUCUGGCUAUGGCAGCGUUGAGAACGUUGGACGCCGUAGUCAGUUUUGCAGAGGCCGGAUGUAAACAGCUACCAGUAUGACAUGUGAGAUCUCCCUGCGCAGACAACAUGGUUGGAGGCCCACGGCGCUCUCAGUGCUAUCCCGGUCUGCCCGGACAUUCAGGAAGCCGUCGAUGGAGACGUUGUGGUCGGGAAUAUCCAGAUGCAGCCACGUUUCCCUGAAACACACCAUGCUACAUUCUGGAAACUCCGUCUGACUCCUGGCUAGUCCUGUUAGCCAGUCCAUCUUAUUAGCCAGAGAUCUCACAUUGCCCAUGAUGAAAGAGAAGAGAGACAUGGCUUCUAUCUCCUCUCCAUAAACCUCCAUCCUCUUAUACACGCUCUCCUCCCUCGUAGCUUUAUUCCUCCUCUGCCUCUGUGCGUCCUCAGACAUGUCGCUCAUGAAGCUGAUGGUCAUCUUUUGACCCGAUGAUCUAAUAAUAAUAACACCAACUGGGAUUUAUAUAGCGCCUUUCAAGAAACCCAAGGUUGCUUCACAGGGUCAGGUAGGGGUCAAAAGGGUAGGUGGGGACAACACUAGCUAAUGGGGAAAGGCCUUGAGGAAAAGGUGCGUUUUGACUGCUUCUUUUAAAACAGUCCAGGGUUGGGGCGCUAAGGAUGUCGGGAGGGAGAGAGUUCCACAGAGUAGGGGCUGCAACACGGAAGGCUCUGUCUCCAAAAGUCCGCAGCUUAGUCCGGGGGAUGGAGAGGAGACCCAGGUUCCGGGAUGGAGUGUGUCGGUGGAGGAGGUCAGCCAGGUAUUGGGGGAGCGAGAGCAUGCAGGGAUUUGUAAGCGAGGAGUAGGAGGAAAACCUCAGGUGCUCUCGAGGCUGUCAGCUGUGCUGCUCGGCCUCAUGUUUUCCCUCAUUGUUUAGUUUGGAGAAGCUCCAGGCCGUGGUAAAUGGCGCAUGGGUUGCGGAUUGAGGGCAUUGAAGUAGAAGCAGAAAUGCCAUGAUUGUUUUUGUAUCCCUGAUUUGCACGACUGAACGUCCUAUCUCUGCCAGAGACAGAACUGUAUAAAUACUACAUAGAGAUAUCAUCAUUACAAUCAACACUCCCUUUCUCCUGCUCAGUUUAAAACAGGAGCAGAUGUGUUCAUGUCGGACUGGAAGUGAACCUGAUCAUUUUUUGGUUGACAGACUUUGAACUCAUACGCAGCCUUUGUGUGGGCUCUCAGCCUUCAGUCAAGUUGAGAGCUUUGAUGAGAGACUGAGCGACAAAACAACAUAAAUGUUACAUAAAGGUCACCUCUUUGCACUUAAUCAACACUUGCAUUCUUUGCACUGCUACAUAUCUGUAAUUAAACACAAAUUGAAUGAGUAUAUCUUUAAAUGUUUUAAUUAAAGAUCAAUGAGGGAAUCAA